UUAAUGAAGCUUGAUCUGUUAAGCUGGAGAAAGAGGUGACCUCCAUGGCCAAGAUUCCAAAUGCUACUCUUGUUGAACCCGUGCUGCGCUGCCUGGCCGGCUGCAUUCCUGUGAGGACAACGACCGCCACUGUUGGCUACCACUGCCUGCCUGCUGAUUCUAACCUGAGUGUCUCUGAGGGUCUGAGCAACAUCUAUGAGAAGAGCAUUGACCUGAGCGAAACAACAGAAGCCCACCUGGCCUGUCGCUGCGCUGCUCAGUGCGCUUAAUCUCAUGGUCUUUACACAUGUUCACUUUUUGUUUCAUGUUUCAAGUAUUUUAAAGUAAUUAGUUUGAACUGUAAAUUUCAAUAAAUUGCAGACUGAAUAAAGCAUGUCAUCUUUGCAAAUUGUAUAUUGACUAGUUGUUUAUUCAUUUAGUUAAUUACCAUACAUCAAAAAAUAGAAAAAGAAACUCAUCAAUGCUAUAUCAAAUUAGUCACCUUGUAACAACUCCAAAUCUAUCAAACACACUGUUCCUCUUUUCCCACAAUCUCUUCAAUGCUAAACAUUAUUUCGUACAAUCUUUGUUGGCAAGAAGUCACAAAACUCUACAAUGUGAAUUCUGAAUGUUGCUCCAGGAGAAUAUAACCGUCCAAAAAGGACCAGCCCCUUUAUUUGGCAAGUCUUGAUUCUCCAGGGUCUACAGCUAGAAAAGUGCUGUUUAUGUUAUCACUGUCGGAAAUAUUUAAGCUCAUUAAAAAGAAAUUAU